AUGGAUCAUAUCGCAGAACUCGCACGCGCGCGGGAGAUGCACGGAGCGUUGGCAAUGCUCUCGCUCAUCCCGAUGGCGUCGGCUGAUGGAGAAGUGACCACCUCGCUGCCUACCUCGACCCCCACAGAGUGGUGCGACUGCUCCUGCUAUUGGAAUGGCUAUUAUUGUGGGCCGAGUGAGGCCGCCGACAAACGCUGCGAGGCGAGCAACCGUGACAUGUCGCAGCCUUACUGCUACGAUGAUGGCAACGGAGAGGAUGACCUGUACUCCGGCGCCGUCGAUGACGAAGCUGGAUCUUGUUGCAACGAACGGGACUCGUGGCCCACGACCGAGGCUGCUGUAAGCUUGUCUAAGACAUGCGAGCCUAUUCUGCGAUGGUGCCUGACAGCGACUGCCUUUGCCAAUCUGUUGUGA